CGCGGCAGAACACGGACGCUCGCGGAAGACGCGCUCUCCACCUGCGUAGCUGAAGAAUUAGAGGUGCUUGUCCAGGUGAGCUGCCUGUGUGUCCCUCAUCAUGUUUGUGGCGUUACACGUGUGCGUGUUGGUGGCGGUUUGUUCUCUGAGUGUUUCCGCCUCUCAGUCCUCGUCUUACGGAGAGCGAGGCUCUGAUCUCGGCCUGCAGGUGUUUUUGCGUGUGGUCCAGGACAAACCGCAGGAGAAUGUGGUCAUGUCGCCUCACGGCGUGGCCUCCAUCCUGGGCAUGCUGCUCCCAGGGGCCCACGGGGACACUCGCCACCAGCUUCUCACGGGCCUCAAAUACAAGAAGACAGGACCAUAUAAGAUGCUGCGGAAGUUGCAUAAGGCCCUGACGACCAAAUCCAAUGCUGAUAUUGUGACGAUCGCCAAUGCGCUGUUCCCCAAUGAGGGCUUCAUCAUGAAAGAAGACUUCCUGACAGCCAGCAGGGAGAACUUCAUGUGCGAGAGUCAAACCAUUGACUACAGCGACCCAGAGAAGGCUGCAGAAACCAUCAAUGAAUGGGUGAAGAACAGCACCAAAGGCCAAAUUCCCAGUCUUGUCAAGGCAGAUAUGUUUGACCCGGCUAUGACUCGGUUGGUGGCUGUAAAUUCCAUUUACUUCAAAGGCCUUUGGAAGUCCCGUUUCCAAGCCCAGAACACCAAACCCAGAAGCUUUACUGCAGGAGACGGGAAGACAUACAAAGUUCCCAUGAUGUCCCAACUCUCAGUCUUUAACAUAGGUCAAGCAAGCACUCCCGAAGGUUUGAAGUAUACAGUGAUCGAGCUGCCGUAUCAUGGCAACAGCAUGAGCAUGUUCAUUGCGUUGCCGUCAGAAGAGGCCACGCCCCUGUCAGCCGUCUUGCUGCACGUCUCCACAGCGACCGUCCAAAGCUGGACUAAACUGCUGGUCCAGAGGAGGAUGCGCCUGCUGAUGCCAAAAUUCACAGCUGAGGAAGAGGUGGAUUUGGAGGGUCCUCUCACAGCGAUGGGAAUCAAAGACAUCUUCAGUCAGACCAAAGCUGAUUUCAGUCACCUGAGUUCAGAGUCUGUCUAUGUGUCCAAAGCUCUUCAGAAAGCCAAGAUAGAGGUCAAUGAGGAUGGAACCAAAGCCUCUGCCGCCACCACUGCAAUCUUGCACGCCCGAUCUUCUCCUCCGUGGGUGACUGUGGACAGACCGUUCCUGUUUCUCAUCAGACACAAUCCUACAGGAACUAUUUUGUUUGCUGGCCAGAUCAACAAACCUUGAGCCAGAGAUCAGAGGAGAUUCGAUCAGUGGUCGACACACACACACACACACACACACACACACAGAGACAGACAGACAGACA